AUCGACAAACAAGUUCUACCUAAGGGUUAAAAAAAUGAUAUAUUAGGAAGUAAAUAAAAUGGAAAAAUAAAGGUUUUUGAAUUUUAAAUCAGAACAAAUAAACGUAUAACCGAUACAUGAGUUCAACAAUGCAUUUUGUCACACAUUUAAUUUUUAUUUUAUCAAUGCUUUUGCUUGUUUCUUCAGACUACUCGACUUUAGUAUCGGAAUAUAAGAACAGUACAUGUUAUGAACCAUAUUGUGAAAAGGUAGCAAAAAGAAUUUUAGACUCUUUAGACAAGACAGUAGACCCAUGCGAAAAUUUUUAUCAAUAUGCCUGUGGAGGUUGGAUAGAAAAACAUCAUAUUCCUAAAAACAAAGAGGAAUACUCUGCAAUUGUAGAACUCUCAGAAGAAGUCGAUAAAGCAUUAAAGCAGAUUCUGCCGAAUAUAACAUCUGGUGAUAGCGAGACAAUAAAAAAAGUAAAAAACUUUUACAAGUCCUGUAUUGACACAGCAAAGAUAAAUAGUUUAGGAGCAAAGCCUAUUCAAAAAUUUUUAAAAAAGAUUGGAUCUUGGAAUGUUAACGCAGAGUGGGAUGCCAAUAAAUGGAACUUCUUGGAGACUUUAAGGCAAUUACAUAGAGAGUAUCCGGCGGAAAUUUUUUUUACUGUAGAUGUUGACGUGGAUCCAAAAAACAGAACGCAAAAUAUUAUAACGAUUGACCAGGCUAAACUUAGUUUACCUCAAAUAUCUUAUUUUACAAAUAGACCGGCAUUAGAUGUACUUGUGGAAUAUGCCACAAGGAUCGCUGCUUUGACAGAAGGAUUGAAAGAUCCAAAAGAUGACGAAAAUUUAUAUAGAUCUAUAAGAAAAAAAAUGAGAAAAGUUGUUCUGUUUGAAAUGAAGUUGGCAAAGAUCUCUGUUCCUAAGCAAGCUAAAAGGUACGCCAGAACAUCAAUAGAUCGAUUGGAAAAAGCAAUUCCAGAGUUUCCAUGGUUGAAGCAUCUCGAAUCUGUUCUCACACCACGAACCAUUACUCCAGAUGACCAUAUAGUUGUUUUAUCAAAUGAUUAUUUAGCUGAUUUAGUAAAGGAAAUUAAUGAAACUGAACCAUCUGUUUUGAGUAAUUACAUGGCAUGGCGAAUGGUAAAAGAUAUGGUUCCGUUUUUGAGCGAAGACUUUACAAAUGCUUAUAACAAAUUUCGAUCUGAACUUACCGGAUCAACAAUAAUAAAAUCACGUGAAGAUAUUUGUUAUAAAUACACUGAUGAAAUUUUAGGCCCUUUAAUGGGUGCUUUGUUUAUAAGAAACAAAUUCUCCCCAGAAGAUAAAAGCGAGGUUGAAGAAAUGAUGCAUUUAAUUAUUAAAGCAUUUGAAAGAAACGCCGAAACAGUGGAUUGGAUUUCACAACAAACAAUCAAGUCAGUGAAAGAAAAGGCAGAGGCGGCAGUUAUUAAAGUGGGAUACCCAGACUACUUAUAUAACGAAACUCAAUUCAAAAAAAGAUACGAGGAGAUUGAAAUUCAACCAAAUACAUUUUUCGACAAUGUAGCGAGUAUCGAUAAAUUUUCAAAUAGAAGAACAUUUAAAAAACUUGACAACCCAGUUGAUCCGCAUCAGUGGGUGAGUGUUCCUCACAUGGCAAAUGCAUUUUACGUAGUAACUAAAAAUGAAAUUGUAAUUCCCGCUGGAAUUCUCCAACCACCGUUUUUUUAUGGAGAGCCUAUACCAAGAUCUAUAAGUUAUGGGGCUAUUGGUCAUGUGUUAGGACACGAACUUACUCAUGGUUUUGAUACAUUAGGACGAAGAUUUAACAAACAAGGUGAGCUCAUACAAAAACGAACCAAAUGGAGCGAGAUGUCAAUAAAAAAAUUUGAAAAUCGAACAAAGUGUUUACUCAAGCAGUUUAAUAGAUAUAAAGUUGGUGACAAGUUGCAUAUUGACGGUAAAAACACACUAGGAGAAAACAUUGCUGAUGGUGGUGGUGUUAAAAUGGCGUACAUGGCUUAUAAAACUUGGGUCGAAGAACACGGAGAAGAGUAUGUCCUCCCUUAUUUAAACAAAACAAAUAUGCAACUUUUUUUCAUUGGAUAUGCUCAGAAAGAGUGUCACCGUUCAACAGCAAAAGCAAUAGAAGAUGCAAUCAAAGAUGAUGUUCAUGCCCCUUCUAUGUUUAGGAUUAUUGGAACAUUGAGUAACUCAGAACAUUUUGCAAAAGCUUUUAAUUGUAAAGCAAAUGCUACAAUGAAUCCAGCCGAAAAAUGUGAAGUAUGGUAGUGUUUAUGCGGAAGUAGGAAAGUAUCUGUUUUCAAGUAUACAUUAUCAAGCAUGUGUGCUUGUAGAAUCGAUAAACAGAUUUAAUAAUAAAUUUAGCGCUACUUUCUGGUUAAAAAACAGAAUAAACAAAAUAAGCAUGAUACUCAAAACACAAAAAUACCGAACCAAAAAUACCGUUUUUAUGUUAACGUUUUCAUGUCAUUAAAUUUUUUUAUUUUUUUUAAUCAAAGAAAUUUCAAUAUACUUCAA